AUGCACAAGCUUUUUCAAACCAUCAAAGAAGAGCACGAGAAUCCUGUUGUGGGAAAAAUUGCAGGAGAGAUUCCAGAAUGGGUUAAUGGAAGUCUGUACAGGAAUGGACCGGGAAUGUACGAAGUUGGAGAAUACAAGUACAAUCAUUGGUUUGAUCCCCUGGCAAUGAUCACACGGUUCCAUAUAGAAAACAAGAAGGUAACAUACCAAAAUCGCUUCCUUAAAAGUGAAUCAUACACCGAGAAUCUUGCUGCACAAAGAAUCGUUAUCUCCGGAUUCGGUACCCUACCAGUCCCUGACCCAUGUAAAAAUAUCUUUCAAAGAUUUUUGAGUCAUUUCGUCGUAGAUGAGAGAAAUGACAACACAAAUGUGAAUUUGUAUCCGUUAAAAGAUGAAUUGUAUGCUAGUACAGAGACACAGUUUAUCAGGAGAGUUGAUCCUGAAACCUUAGAGACACUAGAGAGAGUCAAUCUAAGAGACUAUGUAGCUGUUCACUCGGCUACAGCUCAUCCUCACUAUGAUGACGACGGAACUAUUCACAAUAUCGGAAACUGUUUCAAAGGAGGUCCAAAAAUUUGUAUCAUCAAAAUUCCCCCAAAAAAUGAUCCAACUGAUGAAUUCCCACAAGGUCAAGUUAUGUCUGCCAUCAAAUCAUCAAAAAAAUUUAGCAUCAACUACAUCCAUAGUUUUGGAAUGACUGAAAACUAUUACGUGUACGUCGAACAGCCAAUGUUCAUCAACCUACUGAAAAUAAUGACGGCUAAAAUACGAGGUGAACCUAUGAGCAAUUCCUUGGACUGGUGCCCGGAUUUAAAGACAAGAUUUCGCAUUAUUGACAAGAAAUCCGGUGAAGAAGUCAAUCCAGGAAUCAAAUACGAAGCUGACCCCUUGAUGGUGUUCCAUCAUGCAAAUGCAUAUGAAGAAAAUGGUCAUAUAAUUGUUGACUUCUGUGCUCUGAGGUCAAAUGAAGCGUUACACUAUGUCUACGUCAAGGAUCUUAGCUCGGAACAAUGUGAGGAAAAGUGGAGAAAAUAUGAUGCCCCUGAACCUAGGAGAUAUAUUCUACCUUUGAAUGUUAACAAACAGACACCACGCAACAAGAACUUGGUGGAUAUAACACAGACGACAGCAACUGCAACAAUGACAGCAGACGACACUGUAUAUUGUACAUGGGAACCACUUGCUGAUACGGGUAUGGACUUUCCACAAAUACACUAUCAACGUUACAAUGGUAAGAAAUACAGAUAUACAUAUGGUACAGGCUGGCAUCCUAAAGGAAAACAUUUUAAUACUGUAAUGAAGAUUGACAUCAACACAAAGACAUUUAAGGAAUGGGGUGAGGACAAAUGCUAUCCCUCAGAACCAGUGUUUGUUCCUAAUCCAAAUGGUACAGAUGAAGAUGAUGGUGUAGUAUUGUCAGCUGUCAACAACUCAGACUGUGACAAAGGAAAGAACGCCUUCUUGCUUGUACUUGAUGCUAAAUCUAUGAAGGAAAUUGCCAGAGCAGAAUUUGACAUUCCACGAUUUCCAAAAGAUUUUCAUGGCUUGUUCAAAACGAAUCAGUGA